AUGGAAAGUAUUUUGGAGCCCGCACGGUUCCGAAUCAAUGAAAUCCAUGGGGAUUUCGUGCGGGUUACCGAGAGGCUUUCUAAGCCAGUUCAAUUUGUGCAGAUGUAUAACGAAAAUGCAAUAAACUCACACAUAUCAGAUAUUUUUUCAGACGCUGCUCAAAUAUUACAAACCGUAUCACUCGGUCUCACCGCUGAAACAAAGUUUAUCCAAUCUCCAAACCCAAAAAUGAAUAAAUUUAAACUCGAAAUCGAAAGAUUGUAUACAGAUCUUGACAGAAAGACUCGCCUGUUCGACCAAUCUAUUUUAAAUGCCCACCAAAUGUUUGCUGAAAAGGUAGAAAUAAUUGCAGAACGUUACAAAAAUAAAUUAUCAGAUAACAAACAAAAUAACUCGGAAGAAGAAGAGAAAGUUGCUGCACAGCUUCAAAACGCUAGAGAUAUGUUUAACCAGCGUCUCAAAUCUGAAACAGAACAUCAUUUAAAGGAAGCAAAAGCUCUUGAAGCAAAUUUGGCAAAACUCAAAGGGGAAUACGAGUUACAACAAACAACAUUGUCUACAUCCAUUGAUGCUUCUAAAGUGCGUUUACAACUCUUAAAGAAGCAAAAGGAAAUGCUUGCGGAAACAAAUGAUCAUGUUACAGUAACUAUGAAUGAUAAAUUCAAACAACAGAUCGAAUCGAUGACAGCUCAGAAUAAAGUAACAAUCGAAUCAUUACAAGAACAAUUCAACUCUUUAAUUCAGCAAAAAUCUGAUAAUAUUGUUGCUUUCGCAAAGGAAGCGGAGAAUUUACAGUAUCAAAUCGAACAUAUUGAUGAGAUUAGAGCACAGAAAAUCAAAGAUGAAAAAGAAAAAAUUCAAUUAAAAUUCGAUAAAAAGAUGAAAAAGCUUGAAGACGCUCAUCAGUUGACUAUGAAGGAAAUAUCCCAUGAAUCAGAGCUAGAACGCAUACAAUCAGAGAGUACAAUUGAAAUUUUAAGAAAUAAUAUUGAAACUGCUCGAACUCAGCUCGAAGACUCUGAGAGACGUUACAAAGAUAAAGUCGAUACUAUUGUUAAGCGUGGAGAGAUGAUUCUCGCAGAAAAAUCGAACGAAAUGAAAAUGAUAUCAAAAGUUCACAUCAAAACACUUGAACAGCUCACACAGCAAGCGGAUCUUGAUGUAGAGCAGGAGAAACAUAAGGCAAAGAAGCUUAGACAUAAUCUUGAGAGCAAAUUAAACCAAAUUUUGAGAGAAUCUGAUUCUCUUCGUAAGAAACUUGAAGCGGAAAUCACGGCCCUUACCCGUGCUAGAGACAAAUUCGAGGAAGAGAUGAAACAAUACGAACAAAUCAAGCCAAUUACCCCUCCUCCAACUCCUCCAUCAAACAAACCGCCAAGAUUCAAACGGAGUCAGUCAAAAAUUGUGAAGUUAGAAACUCACAUUGAUUUAUCAUUACCACCCGAGAAACUAUCAGAAGAUGAUGAAAUUGCCAUGGAAUUAAUUCACAGAGCAAAAAGAUUUUAUGAUUCAUGGCAUAGACAAGAAUCCUUCUUAAUGAAAUCGAUUGAUUCUUCCAACAAGAACAUGCAGAGUGAGGUAGAACGUCUUAAACUACAAUCAGACGCAAUUCAAGAUGAAAUUGAGUUCCUGGAACUCGAAAAAUCUGAUUUGCUCCAGAAAAUUAACGAUGCCGAGAGGAGAGUCGAAGAAGCAACUGAGCAAGAUGACGAAAAAUUCGAUGAAAAAAUUGCAAAUUACAAUAAAAUCAUCGCUGAUCAGCAAACAACAGUCAUGAAGCUUAAAGAAGAGAUCAAUGCAAGAAAGAACAUGAAGGGAAAGAAGGAGAAAGUCACUGCAAUUGAAGAUGAGCUGAAACAAGAAUUAAAUCUUUCAAUUAGUGAAUUAGAGUCACUUAAAAUCACUAAUGCCAAGAAGGAUAAAGAGCUUAGAUUGCAACACGAGAAGGAUAUCCAGAAAAUUCAAAAUACUGGUCAGAAAUCUUUGGAAAAACUCACAAAAAGGAUCAAAGAAGUCGAAGAAAUGAUUCCAAACGCAACAAUUGACAAGAAAGUACUUGAUGAUGACCACAACGAGUGGAUGGCAUUGAGAAAAGAGAUGGCUGACUCGAGUAACAAGAUAAACAGAUUGAUUCAGACAGCAGGAAUGGGAUCUCGGCCUGCUUCUGUUGUUACUCCAUUGCAGAAAGGUCAGAAACUUCCUCCAUUGGCGAAGAAGUAA